AUGCUCUCAAUUUACGAUUCUCUCUCUCAAUCUUUGCACUCAAUUAUUCCAACACCGCCUCGUAGUUCGCUACACACAACUCUCACGAGUGGUCUCCCGCCGUCACAUUUAUGCCAGCGAACACCAACCAAUUUUGCAUACGGCCAAGUUCUCGCCAAUCCUCGCAGCUACGAGAUCGCGUUUCCCAUAAGUCCGACUCACCGUAAUGGUGGUGUUUCUUCCUUCGGACCAAUUACUGCCCUGCACGCCAGACACAAACGAACCCUCUUAUGUCGAGAGCUGAGGUGCGGUGGCCAGGGCCACAUUGAGAGGAACUGCAGGCGGCGACUGACAGCUGUUUGCUGCUACCGGUGUAAUGAGACUGGACAUAUGGUCCGGGAUUGUGCGGGAAACGGGGCCGGGGACAAGGUGCCAGCGUCACUUUCAUGUCCACAAGACGAUAAACUUCCUCUUCUAUUAUUCGUAUUCUUUCUUUCUUUCUUUCUUUCUUCUUCAUUUCUUUCUUUCCUUUCUUUUCCUUCCUUCUUUCUUUCUUCCUUCUUUCUUUCUUCCUUCUUUCUUUCCUUCAUUCCUUCUUUCUUUCCUUCAUUCCUUAUUUAUUUAUUUCUUCCUUUCUUUUUCUUCCUUUCUUUUCUUCUUCUUUCCUUCUUCCUUUCUUUUUUCUUUCUUUCUUUCUUCCUUCUUUCUUUACUUUUUCCUUUUCCCUUCUUACUCUCAUUCAUUCAUUCUUUCUUUCUUUCUUCUUCAUUUCUUUCUUUCCUUUCUUUUUCUUCCUUCUUUCUUUCUUCCUUCUUUCUUUCUUCCUUCUUUCUUUCUUUUUCCUUCUUUCUUUCCUUCCUUCCUUAUUUCUUUCUUUCUUCCUUUCUUUUUCUUCCUUUCUUUUCUUCUUCUUUCCUUCUUCCUUUCUUUUUUCUUUCUUUCUUUCUUCCUUCUUUCUUUACUUUUUCCUUUUCCCUUCUUACUCUCAUUCAUUCAUUCUUUCUUUCUUUCUUUUCACUCUUCACCCCAUUAGUCUUUCUUUCUUUCUUUCUUUCUUUCUUUCUUUCUUUCUUUCUUUCUUUCUUUCUUUCUUUCAUUUUCGUUUUCAUACUUAUUUAUUUCCUUUCUUUUUUCUCCCAUCUUUCUUUCUUUCUUUCUUUCUUUUUUUCUUUCUUUCUGUUUUCGUUCUUUCUUUCCUUUUUUCUUUUUUUCCUUCUUCCUUUCUUCCUUUUUUUCUUUCUUCGUUCCUUUAUUUUUCUUCCUUCCUUCUUACUUUCUUUUUACUUUCUUUCCUUUUUUCUUUUAUUCCUUUUUUCUUUUUUCUUUCUUUUCUUCUUUCUUCCUUCUUCAUUUCUUUUUCCUUCUUUUUUCCUUCUUCCUUUCUUUUUUUCCUUUUUCUUCUUUAUUCCUUCUUUCUUCCUUUCUUUUUUUCGUCUUUCUUUUCUUCUUUCUUUUUCUUUCUUUCUUUCUUUCCUUCUUUCUAACUUUCUUUCUUUCUUAUCGACAUCCAUCUACAGUUUUCUGAUUGUUCCUCUCUUUAUUGUUGCACGUUUAUUUCUUUUUUUUUAUUUCUCCAAUAUUUUCUAUCUCUUAUCUCUCUCUCUCUCUCUCUGUCUCUCUCUCUCACUCUGUCUGUCUCUCUGUCCCUCUCCCCCCCUCUCUCUAUAA